GUAGGGUUUGUGUUGCCGGCUAAGUGCAGGCUUCUACUUUUUCCGAUUUUUCUAGUUCAAGCAACGAUAUCAUGGAAGUCUCUCUCCUUAGCAGGUCUAGGGUUUGGUUUUGUUUAAUUGUUUUAUAGCUUUCCAGUGUGAGAUAAAUGCUUCAAUACUUAGCAGAUCUAAGGUUUGGUUCUUCCAGUCGGUGAAUCCCCUUCACCUGUUUUCGACGCUGGGAUUGGAUUUGAGGCAGAUUGACAAGAAUCAUUACCCAAGCUUGAUGACAUUGAAGCAGAGUUCGGCGAUCGAUUUCUUCGUUGGCAGGGUAGCAAGGGCAUGACAGCGAUGAAGAUGACCGCUAGCGGUGGAUUUGCUACGAGCGCGAUACAAGGAGAGUUGCACGGAUUUCGAGCAGGCGAGAUGAUGAUUGACAAUGAAGGAUCAAUUAGAGUGGUACCAACGAUACGGCCUCCUCCUGAACCACCGCCAUGGGUUGUGCGAGAUGCUAGAGCCCGUGAAAGUUUUCCAACAAGUUUUCAUUAUUUUGUCAUUUGGUUUCUUGUUAGGUUUGUCAGUUUGUUUUGGAAUUUAGCCUUGUUUGAUGUCAUUGAGCAUGUUUGGAUCUGGAAAUAUGGAUGAUUGUGUCAAGCCCGUUACAUGGUUAGCGAAUCGUGUUGCUCUUUCCGGGGUGCCUGUUUCUAAGGCUCAUCAUAGGGCAUAUAGUCAUAGUUGUUGGAGUCUAGUUAGUGUCAGUUUUGUUUUCUCUUUGAUUGUUGUAAUGAUCCUGAAACUUAUUAUAUGAACAGAGGCUAGUUUUGUUGGGAAAAAAUAAAGUUCAG